AGUGCGCUGUGGCAACCAAAGCAGGCCGAUCCUCAGCAGCUUUACCUCACUGCCCUUCCAGCAGCAUCUCACCUUCAACCGGCCUGACGCGCAUCCACCACCGCACCACAGAGGAAAACAAGAAACACACGACAGAGACAGACACCGGCCAGCAAACCAACAAGAUAAAGCUACUCGGUCAUGAUAAUUAUGUAGGGGAUCGUUUUGCGGUUUGACAUCUAAUUUGGCCUGCCCGCCUCUGCGACACCGAAACCUCGUCCAUCUGCGCACUAAGAAAACGCAUCCUCUGUCAGCUUGUCCGGAUAAAACCACCCAACCCCUCCAACACAUCACAGUCCUCUCGACACCGAAGGACGAAGUGACUGCGCUUCUCUCCUCGGUUAUUUUGACGGUCAGAAAGGCCGGAGCAGCGACGGGUCACCCGCAGCCUCAGCAGCAUCUCCUCGGCUCAGCAGCAGCAUCCUCCUCCCUGAAUCUGCGCAAUGGCCGAUAUCCCGGCGGAGUGCAACAUAAAAGUGCUGUGUCGCUUUCGUCCUCUCAACCAGUCUGAGAUUAUACGAGGGGACCAGUUUAUCCCCAAAUUCCAAGGAGACGACAGUGUCACCGUUGGGGGGAAGUCCUAUGUGUUUGAUCGCGUGUUCCCAACCAACACCACCCAGGAGCAGGUCUACAACACCUGCGCCAAGCAGAUUGUCAAGGAUGUUCUGGGUGGAUACAAUGGAACUAUUUUCGCAUACGGACAGACCGCCUCCGGGAAGACUCACACCAUGGAGGGCAAGCUGCAUGACCCUCACCAGAUGGGUAUCAUUCCUCGCAUCGCAGAGGACAUUUUCAACCACAUCUUUGCCAUGGAUGAAAACCUGGAAUUCCACAUCAAGGUUUCAUACUUUGAGAUCUACAUGGACAAAAUCCGUGACCUUCUGGAUGUGACGAAGACCAACCUGUCUGUCCAUGAGGAUAAGAACAGGGUGCCAUUUGUCAAGGGAUGCACUGAGCGUUUCGUCUCCAGCCCUGAUGAGGUGAUGGAUGUGAUCGAUGAAGGCAAAGCUGCACGUCAUGUUGCUGUGACCAACAUGAACGAGCACAGCUCUCGCAGCCACAGCAUCUUCCUGAUCAACAUCAAGCAGGAGCACGUUGAGACUGAGCAGAAACUGUGUGGAAAACUCUACCUGGUAGAUCUGGCUGGCAGUGAGAAGGUCAGUAAGACUGGAGCGGCAGGAGCCGUCCUGGAUGAGGCUAAAAACAUCAACAAGUCUCUCUCUGCUCUGGGAAAUGUCAUCUCUGCUUUGGCUGAGGGCACGAAAACUCACGUGCCGUACCGUGACAGCAAGAUGACCCGUAUCCUGCAGGACUCCCUCGGUGGGAACUGUCGCACCACCAUGUUUAUCUGCUGCUCUCCCUCCAGCUACAACGACGCUGAGACCAAGUCCACUCUGAUGUUUGGACAACGUGCCAAGACCAUCAGGAACACCGCCUCCAUCAACUUGGAGCUGACGGCGGAGCAGUGGAAGAGGAAGUUUGAGAAGGAGAAGGAGAAGAACAAGACUCUCAAGGAAACCGUCCUGAGGCUGGAGACUGAGCUCAACCGCUGGAGAAAUGGAGAGGAAGUACCUGAGACGGAGCAGACCACGGCAGAAGUUGUGACCCGCUUCGAGACCAUUGAGGAGCCUCCCAUUUUGGACAAUGACACCUCAUCCAUUGUUGUCCGUAUUUCUGAGGAGGAGCGGCAGAAAUACGAGGAGGAGAUCCGCAAGCUCUACAAGCAGCUGGAUGACAAGGAUGAUGACAUCAACCUGCAGUGCCAGUUGGUGGAGAAGCUGAAGCAGCAGAUGAUGGACCAGGAUGAGCUCCUGGCAUCAUCUAAAGGCGAUGGGGAUAAGGUCCAGGCUGAACUCGGCAGGCUGCAGGUGGAGAGCGACUGCGCCAAGGCCGAAGUUAAGGAGGUGCUGCAGGCUUUGGAGGAGCUGGCCAUCAACUACGACCACAAGAGCCUGGAGGUGGAAGAGAAAGGCCUGCAGAACCAGCUGCUGGCUGACCAGCUGUCCCAGAAAAUGGCCAGUCUGAUGGAGCUGGAGGCAGAGCUGUCUCGUAUGCAGGAGGUGAGCGGGCAGCAGAGGAAACGCAUCGCUGACGUCCUAAAUGGUCUGAUGAGGGACCUCAGCGAGUUCAGCACCAUUGUGGGCAACGGGGAGAUCAAGCUGCCUGUGGAAAUUAGCGGUGCGAUCGAGGAGGAGUUCACCGUAGCUCGCCUCUACAUCAGCAAGAUCAAGUCGGAGGUGAAGAGCAUGGUGAAGCGCUGCCGCCAGCUGGAGAACAUGCAGCUGGAAUGCCACCGCAAGAUGGAGGAGACCGGGAGGGAGCUCUCCUCCUGCCAGCUCCUCAUCUCUCAGCACGAGGCUAAGAUCCGCUCUCUGACGGAGUACAUGCAGAGCGUGGAGCAGAAGAAGAGACUGCUGGAGGAGAGCCACGACUCCCUGAGCGAGGAGCUGGCCAAGCUGCAAGACCAGGAUAACUCCAUGCUUGAGGAAAAGGAAGGAGAGAAGGGUGAGAUUGAGGAUGGAAAUGUGAAGAAGGUUCCUCGUCAGCAGAGCGAGUCUCACCGUGGCCUCCACCACAAGCAGCUGGCCCGCCUGCGAGAUGAGAUCAACGAGAAGCAGAGGAUCAUCGACGAGCUCACCGAUCGCAACUCCAAGCUGGAGCUGGAGCUGGCUCAAGUUCGCGCUGACUUUGAACGCCUGAAGUGCCAGGACAACACCAAGAGCGAGCGCUUGGAGGAGCUCUCAUUUCUGCAUGAGCGUCAUGAGCAGACCAAACAGGACUUGAAGGGUCUGGAAGAGACAGUCGCCCGCGAGCUCCAGACCCUCCACAACCUGCGCAAGCUGUUCGUUCAAGACCUCACGUCGCGGGUUAAAAAAAGUUCCGAAAUGGAGCCUGAUGAUAGCGGGGGGUCUUGCACCCAGAAGCAGAAGAUUUCCUUUCUUGAAAAUAACCUGGACCAACUUACAAAGGUUCACAAACAGCUGGUACGUGACAAUGCAGAUCUGCGCUGUGAGCUUCCAAAGCUGGAGAAACGGCUUCGGUCUACUGCUGAGAGAGUUAAGGCCCUGGAGACUGCACUGAGGGAUGCCAAGGAGGGCGCAAUGAUGGACCGCCGCCGCUACCAGCAGGAAGUCGACCGCAUCAAGGACGCCAUGAGGGCAAAGAGUGCUCUGAGGCGCCCCCAUGCAGCACAGAUUGCCAAGCCAGUGAGGCCAAAGCAGCUGCCCGUCUGCUCUCCCACCAACCCCUUCUACACUUACAUCCGUUCCACUGAGCACGCCAACACCUACAGCAACGCUCUCUUCCAGGGCAACGUGACACAGCCGAGCACCGCCAGUGUCAGCUGCAACCCCAACUCUGUCCAGAGCAACACAGUUUCCACAGCGCUGGGCUACAGAGCAGGCAGAUACAAUGGAGACACACUGGAGUCCUUCCCACUCAACAUUGACAACGGUAACACCCACAGUGAAACGAGAGACAUCAAUGACAACAGAAGUGAUGUUCACUGUGGCAGCGAGGUGGAUGAAUCAAACAGACACUACAUCAUUCAGCAGGAGACCGCUGCAAGUUAAUACCAUGAAGCUGACCAAACACUGUACCUAUAAAGGACCCCCCCCCCCCCCCCUUGACAUCUGCAUGCAGCCUGUCUCCCCGUCCCUCCACUGCAAAAUUGAUGAAGAUCUUUUAUCCUGUAGUCUUCAAACUAGAUGAAGCUCCUCCCAUGGUGACCACGCUCACCCUCAGGUUUGCAGUUCAGUCCUCUCCGGUUCAGUCAGUGCAGGAAGUAAAUUAAAUCAGAAUUUGUUUUUGAAUCUCAUCUCAUCCACCUCGAUGCCAAUCAUUUUGUGAGGCGAUAUCAGCGAUACUUAUUACCUCCUGAGGUGGUUGAACUGAAACAGGGCUGACUCCAUCCCUGAUGCACACAUGUUGUAAAUAAUAGUGCUGUAUACUCCAGUAGAGGUUUUUGACCAGCAACUGUUUGUGUGAAUGCACAGCCUCCACCUUCCCCUGCACACAUCUCCUUAAGGGCAUCAUGUGGAUGACAUACUGUAGGCAGACGUGACCUUUUUCUCCGUCGUAAAUAAGAGUAUAGUGUGUAACGCCAGCUUGUAACAGAAGACCCACACUCUGCAUGCAUGUCGCUUACCGGGUUAGCUUUCAAAUCUUUGCAUGUGUCCUGAUUCCAGUCAGGAGCCGGUAUGCUGCGAGUGUAUGAUCGACUUCGACAGAUGUCACAGAAAGAGAGAAAAAGAGAGUGCUGGUAUCCUUAGAUCCUGAUCAUGAUCUGUUUAGAUUUUCAAUUUUAAUGUAUAACUUGGCUGUUGUGUUAAUGCAGGAGAUCAACAAAAUACACAUCUAUGUCUAGUUUAAGGUUAAGAAAUAGAGGACAUCAGGUGCAACAUGCAUCAGGGAAGCCAAGUCCUGACUUACGGUCUUACUUGAGAAUAACUUUUCUUUUGUAAUGUUGCAGCUGUUUGUCACUGUUAUACAUUUCAGGUAAUGCUGCCCACAUUUCUUUACUGUGGAUCCAUUUCUGCAUUGCACCCUCAUGUGAGUCUUCGUACCGGGCUUUAACAAGAACCAACUACUCAUAAUCACACUAACACGCUGCCAUGUGGAUAGAUCUGUAAUUACUACCUCUAGAGCUUCUCAUUAUAUACUUAUCAUAAUAACAUCCUUUCAAAAGCUCUAUAAAAGCUGAUCUUAGUUUCCGUAGAAAGUUUAGUACAUCAAUAGCUUUGAUUAGACCUAAAAGCUCUCGUCAGGGCAGUAGUAAUGUUCUCCUUGAGUUUAUUCAUACACAGCUUCCUCCUCUAUCAUAUAACACAAGCUGAGCUGGAAAAUUGCUUUCAAAAUGUUUAAGUGCAGCAGUUAUUCACUAUCAGGGCAGGUCAUGUUGAUACUCAAAGAUGUUCCUUAACUUCUUGGAUUUUGAUGCCUUUUCCUAUUUAGUACUUAUAAGGCUGAAAUGCUAUUGUAAACUAUUAACAUUCCCUGUGUUAUCUCAACUUGAUUUUAAAACAGAAGUGAAGUAGCAUCUAAAACCCCUUUUAAUAUGACUAUGUGGAAAGUAUUCAGUGCUUUUCAAUCCGAACAAUGAAAAGAUAUAAGGAAGGGAGUUUCUGCAGACACGUCCCCAGCUGAGCAGCCACUAGUCUGGGUGUAACGGCCGUUUGGACAGAAGCUUGUUGUCUGAGCUUGUUGUCAAGUCAUGCUGUUAUUCUUCUGUAAAAAAAUCCUGACCAGCCACUCAGGAUAGAAGAAAGCAGUGUGUGGGACAAGGAUAUGUUUGUGUUUGGAUUGAGCUGAGUCACUGAAUUAAAGAACAGAUUAAACCAGAAGUGUUUAAAGGAAACAUGCAUAACAACCAAACAGCUUUUGCUCAUGAGAAUCUUUUAUAUUGAAGAUAUUUCUCUUUGUAAAGUUUGCUGUAAUACAUGGCAUGACUGGACUUCUAUGUUCUAUGUGUAAAUUAUCCCGAAUAGGACCUGAGUAAUUUGGGUGAAGGUCGUCUGAUACUCAUUCAUGACAGCGGCGCUCUAUCUCAUGCUCUUACUGGCAUAAACAACAUCUCAGGGCUUCACAUUCACAAUCAUGGCAACCAUCCUAAACCAUCAUCCUAACCCUUAUUAAACCCAUAUGAGUGCUGAUGAACAAUCAGGUCACUGUGUUUUUUUCCAGGCUUAACAGAUAAUACAUCUUCAUUAAAAUAACUUAAUUUAACACAUAGUGUAAAACAUCUCCAUUCUAGCACAUGACGUCCAAAAUAAAGAAGAUCCCUCUGGUCAGACCCUACUGUACGUUUCCACACAGAACCUCCAUUCGAUCCUGUUUAAUUAUAAUAAAUACAUCUGAAGGAGCGGGGAAUGUGUACUAUAUUGUCACCCACUGUCUGAUUUCAACAUAUCUACAAUACAUGUGCUAUAUAUUGUUAAUCUUGUAAGUAAACUAGCGUGCCAUGACAUAGUAAAAAGCUAAUGAUAUGUACGCGCUUACUUUGUUCAGAGAAAUGUUUGUUUUAUUUAUUUCUGUAUGCCUAUACUGUAGCGUCAACAUGAUUAUGUGAAGAAUCACAGUUCUGUAUAUAUAGUGUCAUCAAUAUGCUGUAUUGUCUGUGAACCGUUGUGUUGUAGUAAAACGUUCAAUAAACUUAUAGAAAGGAGUUUAAAUGCUAUGGAAGAUUUAUUUAGUCAAAGAGAGACGUGUGGGCUGUAUGAAAAGAGGCUGCCAUGACUCCAUCUAGUGGAGGUAAAGGAAAUUGUAAGGGGACAGAUUUAAAUUUAUGAAGA